UGCCCAGCCUGUGGCCGUAACCUUGAGGCGGCGGCGGCGGGGCCGGGCCGGGCCGGGCUGGGGGGCGGCGGCGCUCGAUCCGCGCCCGGCCGAUCGCUGGCGGGAGAUGUCGAACCCCGGCACUCGCAGGAACGGCUCCAGCAUCAAGAUCCGACUGACAGUAUUAUGUGCCAAGAACCUCGCAAAGAAAGAUUUCUUCAGGCUCCCUGACCCCUUCGCCAAGAUCGUUGUGGAUGGCUCCGGGCAGUGCCACUCAACCGACACUGUGAAAAACACAUUGGACCCAAAGUGGAACCAGCACUAUGACCUAUACGUUGGGAAAACCGAUUCUAUCACCAUCAGUGUGUGGAACCACAAGAAGAUCCAUAAGAAGCAGGGCGCCGGCUUCCUGGGCUGCGUGCGGCUGCUCUCGAACGCCGUCAGCAGAUUGAAAGACACUGGCUACCAGCGUUUGGAUCUAUGCAAACUAAAUCCCUCAGAUACUGAUGCAGUUCGUGGCCAAAUAGUGGUCAGUUUACAGACUCGAGACAGAAUUGGAAAUGGAGGGUCGGUGGUGGACUGCCGAGGACUGCUAGAAAAUGAAGGAACAGUGUAUGAAGACUCAGGCCCUGGAAGGCCACUCAGCUGCCUCAUGGAGGAACCGGCCCCGUAUACAGAUGGUACUGGUGCUGCAGCGGGAGGUGGGAACUGCAGGUUUGUGGAGUCUCCCAGCCAAGACCAGAGACUCCAGGCACAGCGACUCCGAAAUCCUGAGGUCCGAGGGUCACUACAGACACCCCAGAACCGACCACAUGGCCACCAGUCACCCGAGCUGCCUGAAGGCUAUGAACAAAGAACGACAGUGCAGGGACAAGUUUACUUUCUGCACACUCAGACUGGAGUCAGUACGUGGCACGACCCCAGGAUCCCCAGAGACCUAAACAGUGUGAAUUGUGAUGAGCUUGGGCCGCUGCCUCCAGGCUGGGAAGUCAGAAGUACAAUGUCGGGGAGGAUCUACUUUGUAGAUCACAAUAACCGAACAACCCAGUUUACAGACCCAAGGCUACACCACAUCAUGAAUCACCAGUGCCAACUCAAGGAGCCCAGCCAGCCGCUACCACUGCCCAGCGAGGGCUCCGUGGAGGAUGAGGAGCUGCCCGCCCAGAGAUAUGAAAGAGAUUUAGUCCAGAAACUCAAAGUCCUCAGGCAUGAGCUCUCGCUCCAACAGCCCCAAGCUGGUCAUUGCCGUAUAGAAGUUUCCAGAGAAGAAAUAUUUGAGGAGUCUUAUCGCCAGAUCAUGAAGAUGCGGCCAAAAGACCUGAAGAAGCGACUAAUGGUGAAGUUCCGUGGGGAAGAAGGUUUGGACUAUGGUGGAGUAGCACGGGAGUGGCUUUAUUUGUUGUGCCAUGAAAUGCUGAAUCCAUACUAUGGGCUCUUCCAGUAUUCCACAGACAAUAUUUACACGCUGCAGAUCAACCCAGACUCUUCCAUCAACCCCGACCAUCUGUCUUACUUCCACUUUGUGGGUCGGAUCAUGGGUCUGGCUGUGUUCCAUGGACACUACAUAAAUGGGGGCUUCACAGUUCCAUUCUACAAACAGCUCCUGGGGAAACCCAUCCAGCUGUCGGAUCUGGAGUCAGUGGACCCAGAGCUUCACAAGAGCUUGGUGUGGAUUCUAGAGAAUGACAUCACGCCAGUGCUGGACCAUACCUUCUGCGUGGAGCACAAUGCCUUUGGGAGGAUCCUUCAGCACGAACUAAAACCCAAUGGCAGAAACGUGCCGGUCACCGAGGAGAACAAGAAGGAAUAUGUCCGGUUGUAUGUAAAUUGGAGGUUUAUGAGAGGAAUUGAAGCCCAGUUCUUAGCGCUUCAGAAAGGGUUUAAUGAACUCAUUCCCCAACACUUACUGAAGCCCUUUGACCAGAAGGAAUUGGAGCUCAUAAUAGGUGGGCUGGAUAAGAUAGACCUGAAUGACUGGAAGUCCAACACGCGGCUGAAGCACUGUGUGGCCGACAGCAACAUCGUCAGGUGGUUCUGGCAAGCUGUGGAGACCUUUGAUGAAGAGAGGCGGGCCAGGCUCCUGCAGUUUGUGACGGGAUCCACUCGAGUCCCUCUCCAAGGUUUCAAGGCUCUGCAAGGCUCUACAGGCGCAGCAGGUCCCCGGCUGUUCACCAUCCACCUGAUAGAUGCCAACACAGACAACCUGCCAAAGGCCCAUACCUGCUUUAACCGGAUCGACAUCCCACCCUAUGAGUCCUAUGAGAAGCUCUAUGAGAAACUGCUGACAGCAGUGGAGGAGACCUGUGGCUUUGCCGUGGAGUGAAGCACAGCCGGCCGUGCAGUCUUGCUCAUAACCACCAGACCCAAAGCAGAGGCGUCUGCGUGCCUCCCGCACAGCAGGCUGAGGCCUGGAUUCCAGAAAACCCGAGGGAAAGGCUCCCUCCCUCGUUGGGGGAGGGCAGGCCAGGCCAGGGGGACUCUUGUGGCUCCCACCCAUUUACCUUCUUUAUUACAGUUCUCCCACCCCCUCCAUCACCCAUCCAAUAAAACGCAGCCAGGUUUUGCCCUCAGCCUCCUUGGCGUGGUGGGAAGGCUGUGGUCUCUGGGAGCAUCAAGCCACGGUCAGGGCCGAGCUGGGUCCCCAAGGGUUUGCAUGGUCAGUGUACCAGCUCUCCCCUCUCAGUGCAGCCUCAAGACCUCUUUUUGAGUUCAGCAGCUGUCAAUAGCUUACCCGAGCUCCAAUUCCAGACUUGACAUACUAGCAGCCUGUUCCGGGUAGCAGGUGGACUUCUGAGAAACUGCACUGUGGACUGACUAGAAUUCCACCAUGGCAGGAAGCCCCAGUCAAAAUGCGUUUCCCCUUGAGAGGUAAAAGAAUCACAGCAGCUUUUGCUGGAGGCCCAGGGUAUAUGUUUCAGGGUAUUCUGGCUGAAAAAUGGUUUUGCACAGGAAAAAAAAAAAAUCUUUGAAUCCCUUCGCUGCAUCCUCUACCCACAUGCCAUGGCACUUAGUAAAGAUCCAACAAAACCAGCCUCAGAUCCACGGGGUGGGUCCAACACAGACUCCUGUGCCCACUGGGCCUGGAGGAUCAACAACUAUGUCUUGAAAUGUUAACAGACUUUUAUGUGGUAAUUGCUAAGAGCUAAAACUAACAACAAUUCUGUUAUCAUAACCACUGGACAGAACAGCUGGAGAGGUGGCUAACCUGGGCUCCACGACACAGCUCCCCAGGGUUGGUGCUGUGCACAAAGCAGGGUGUGGUGGAGCCUGUGGCAGCAGGGGGGCGGGGACAUCCCCUCACGGCCCUCUCUGCUGGUGGCAAUGGUGACACUAACAGUUCACUCAGUUCACUUGCCCAGACAUCUUAAGAUGAGAAAGGCCAAAGCCAGCCUAAACCCUUCCAUUAACACCAUUUCUAAUUUGCACAAGCAUCGCAAAGUGUUUAUUUCAACAGAGAGGCUUGGUUUGAGACAGCUGAACUUCCGGGGAAGAGCAGCAACAACCAAUUUUUCUGUUUUUGUUUUUUGUGAUGGGGGUGAGAACAGGGUAAUUAAUUCAUUAGCAAGAUGUACUGAAGUUCAAGUUCAGCUGUGGGGUUCCAGUUGCGUCUGAGAGGAUCAGGAAGGCCCUUUCAGACUGCUGGGUUUUGUGUGUACUCUUUUUGUUGGUUGUCCUCAGGCUGGGGGCGGGCGAGAAGCACAUUUCCCUCCCAGCCCUGCUUUCGUUCUUUGGCUUGGUCUGGAAGCAGUUCGUGGUGGGACAGGGGAGACUGGAUUCUGAGGUCAUGUGUCCCACCCCGGACCGAGAGGUCUGCCCAGCUCAGCAGCCGCUGGCUCCAGGGUGAGAGAUCUUAGCUGCACUGUGGGUUGCUGAGGUUCUUGGACAGAAAGGAUGCCAGGUGGACCUUAACUGCACAAGAGUUGAAUCCCGUCUGACCACCCCAGCUAGCUUGGGGCCUUCUUAGUCUUUCAAUUUUCUGCCUUGCCCCAAAAGGGCUUCUCCUGUGUCUUGUCCACCUUGCUGCUGAGGGUGUUCUAGAGGCCGGCUCCCCCAUGGCUCUCUCCCAUCUUCCCUUGCCACCAGCUUCCUCUGAAAGCUGAGGAAGCCUGCGCCCCAGCCCAACCCAAAGGGAGGCAGCUCAACCCUGCAGUGACACCACCUCGUUCUUGAGAUCAGAAGCUCUGCCUGAUGUUCCGGUGGCAUUGUCCCCAGUCCGCAGUGACGAAGGAAACCAGGGUCCCGUGACUUAAGACACACUGCAGGAAUGUCGCCUCUGAUGCCUUGAGUGUUCCCUUCUGGCUGUCUGGCGGGGCGAUGGGGCUUAGGGGCGGCAUCCCAGGCCUGUGUCAGGUGUGCCUUGAGCAAGAUGCGGAGGUUGGGGCCUGGGCCCCUGUAGGCUGGCUAGGCAGGCACGUUUCCACCUGCCAAGACCUCUGUUCAUCUUCUCCGCCUGCAGUUGUGCGUGGGUUUCCCCUCUGCACCACCACCACUGUCACAGCCUUCCCCCAAGCGCAUCUGCUCUGCACCCGCAGUUUUCCGUGGGUGGCAUUGCACUUCCUCAUCCCUCUACCAUGGCCAGGCCAUUGGAAGCACUUCAAAGGACACCACGUGUCAGGCCCAUUGUCCCACCUGGGUGAAGCCACGCUGGCCCCCGGGCAAACCCACCCUUGCCCCUCGCCCAGAUGCUUCAAGGACCCGGCUUUCCAGGCUCCCUUCACCAGCGGCCAGCAGCCACACUCAGGGACGCGGCAAACCACCUUCGGAGAGCAGGAGCCGGGCAGCUGGGAAGGUGGGAUGACAGCAAGUAGUUGAGGAGAAUCUGCCACGGAUGGGGUGUUGACCCCUGAGCUGGCUUGUCAAGUUCAGGAUGGUGGGCCUCUACCUUGAGCUUUCAGGACUGGCUUUCUAUGGAGAACACGCCCCACCUGACCCUACAGCAGCCAGGGGGCGGUGUCGCCCAGCAGCCUUCCGAAACAUAGUAUGAAUUUUAAAAAAUCUGUUUAUUUUUGUUUCUCAACCACUUUAUAAUGUAUUUUUUAAUUUAUUUUGUACUGUCUUGUUUUUAAGUAUUGCUGCUAUCCUUGUUAUUCCCACUGUUUUUAUGGCCGAUUUACUUCUGUGAUAGGUGUACACUAAUGUUCUGUUUUAUGUCAAAAUUGAAAGUAUUUAAAGAAAUACUAGUUCUAUUGAAUGAGGUUGUGGAACCAGCUGGAAACACAAAACAGAGUGUAGAGCAGGCUGGACCCAGGAGGUCAGGUUCAUUUUGUUACAUAUGCAAUAAACUCACAACUUUA